AACCUUUCAAUUCGAGAGGCUUGAAGGUCCGGUCUCAUCAAGCAACACAACAGCCAUUAUAUCUGCCUUAGAAGCAAUCUUCUACAACAAAUACCAUCACAACCACAACCACAACCCACAACACCAUAUCAGCAAUGUUCGCUGCCAGGUCCCUUCUUCGAUCUUCCACUAUGCCUAUGGCGAGGAACAUGAUGGCAAGGAAAAUAUCUACAGCCGCUCCAGCCCAUAUGGGACCAAUCCGAGCUUUCUUCCAUGAUGUUCCCAUCCCUGUCGAUGCCUACCCUUUAGUCGGUAUCGUCGUCGUCAUGUGCUCCGGAGCUACUUACAUGCUCAGCAAACACAUCUACGAAGAUCGUGACCAUCUUCGAUGGGCUCCCCAACGAGGAGGUGUCAGGUUUCUCCUCCCUAACCAAUAAUCAUCUGGCUUUCAAUCGACAUUAUUAUAAUACCGCUUCAGACCCUGUACUGCAGUGGGAGACUUUGAUACAUUAGAUAUUCUUGACAGUUGUUGUACCUGUAUAAUCACUUAUUGGCACAUUAACAUGCAUUUGCAUAGGGCUUGAUAUUGAAAUCUUGGGCAUAUCAAAGCACGGUGGCUGUUUCGUUAGUAUUGUAACUAGUUCAUGUUGUAUAAUGAUUUUGAGAGUAAUUCCAUUACCAUCUAGUCAGCUACUCUUCCUGUCAUCAACUCCGAUGAUAGUCAAGCAAACGAUUAGAGGAAUCCUGAUGUGCGUACCUUUGUUUCGAUCUGCUUCGUAGAGAUUCCCAAUGAUAUAUUCGCGAACUCAGCCAAAUUCGAAGGAAGCGCAUGAGCGACCUCCUUUCAUUAUCAGGCCACAUCGGAAUCUACUGUUGCCACUGACUUUAGUAGGCGAGUGGAAUCCACCCUCAACCCUGCUGCUGAACCGUGGUACCCAGCUCAAGAUACUACUGUUAAGGCUUCUAGGCAUGGGAUUUCAGAUGCUACGCAGGCUUGUAGCCAGCCUUCGACACGGAAUAGCCAGAAAUAAAUAGUUAUAUCGAGAGACGACGCAUGGAAAUGGGAAAGAAGGGGCCCUUUCCUGAUACCUGACAGUUUGAGAACCAUCUGUUAAUAUACAUGCUUGAACCCGUAAUCUAGUUCGAAAGAUAAAAAAGCAAAAAAAAAAUAGAAAAAA